AGUUUGUUUUUGAAUUUCGUCAUCAACGGUGCUCUGUAACUCAAUCUCACGGCUGCGUCUCUAUUUAAACUGACAUUUAUCUUAUUAAUAAUAAUAAAAUUAACAACAAAAUGAGCCGAGUACCCGGUACAUUAUCAAUAGACUCAUUAAAUUACAACAAUACCGUCCAAACAAGACAUUUUAUUUGUUUAAAUAUUUUAAAAAAUUACUGUAAAUAUUUGUUUGUGUUCAUUACUGUCACUAUUGUUUUCGUCUUCUCUUAUGUGCUGCUCAAAUAUCCGAUUUGUCCAUUAAUCGGCUGGCUCGCCCACAUCAAAUGCGGGAAUUAAAUUUUUAAAUUAUUCAUUUUGUUUGCUUUUGAUAUAAAUUUCAUGCAAUUAAAUAUAUAAUGUAGUAAAUUCAUUAUUACAAUUAUUAUUAUUAUUAUUAUUAUUUAGAAUUUUGAGUGAAUGUAAUUUUCUAAUAUAUAAUAAUAACUAUUAUCCAAUUAAAUGGGUGAUGAAUGUCAAUCCGAUGAGCUGAGUACAUUUAAAGUCCAGUGUAAUUUCGCAAUUUAUACUAAUCAAAAUACGCAUCAAGUUGUAAUAGAUGUUAUGAAUUAAUAUAAAAGCCGUUGUAAGUAUCUUCUAUGCGUUACUUUAUUACUGCUACAGAAUCUUAUCUAACUUACCGGGAUGAAGACCCUGAGUUUGAUACCGUUCGUCAUUGGUCUUAUUGGGUUUGAUGUUUGUCAGAAAGAGUCACCGGAAGUAUGGAAAUUCGGUCCGGAAUAUAUAUUUCGGGUUGGUGUUAAUUUAUCACUGACUGAUCCGCAAACAAACAAAUUGAUGUGUUCGAAUGUCACGAUUGGUUUGAAAUGUCGGCCAUUCUCGAUCAAAGAGGACGAGCGGACUGACGCCUUGCAGUGUCAUGUCCGGGAAGCGGAGCUACACAACUACGAAAUGGACAAUGCGUCCCCGAGGAAAAUAAUAGAGAGCGAGCCCAAGGGUCCGAUGCUGGAUAUCAUCGACGAUAAGUUUGAAAUAAUUUAUGAAAAGCGCGGGAUCAAGGCUCUGAAGAUCCCGAGCUCGGUGUCGGAGGCCAAGCUCAACAUGUUCAGGUCAAUUGCCAGUCAUUUGAAUUUCGGGUUCGAUAAGUUUGAUAAGGGAGGGGAGAGAUUCGCGUUCGUUGAAGUCGUUGGGCCGGAAAAUUCUACUAUUGGAGAAUGCGAGACCACUUUCGAAGUCUCCAAACAGAUUAAAUUCAAAAGCGUGCGCUGGGACAGCAAGUGCGGGGACAAAUUGCAUAUUGAGACGUUUGCUUACGGGGAUAAGAGCCCGAUGAUUGCGAUGGAUAAGACCAGAAAUAUCAAUAAAUGCACCAAGAAAAGUCCUUAUAUGUUUGGAGCCGUUCAAGAAGCAAAGAAUAGACCUCCAGUUUUAAAUAUCACUAUGGUAUCAUCGGUGACGACAUUCGUCGUGGCGCCUUAUGGUUUCCAGUCUCACAGCCAAAAUAUAGCGACAGUUGACUUUGAGAAAAAUAAAGGUAACAGUUAUGAAAAUAUUGAUCUGUAUUUAGAAUCAAUUGAACCAGCUGCCGAUGAGUUCAAGCGAAUUCCCUCGCCCGUUACUGCGACAUUAUUUGCCAACGAUCCUGCGCGCAAGGAAUAAAAAAAUAUUUACACUCAAUGUAUUAAAAUGUAAGAGUAAUAAAAUCAUUUUUUCGUUUAAA